UUGAGGGAUUUUGAUAACGAAAUAUAAUUACUAUCGAUUGUAAUUUAUGAAUUUAUUUUAAGUUAACGUUUAAAAGGCAUAGAGUCAAUAAAGAAUUUCGUGCCCAGGUUAGAAGGAAUUAAAAUGAACGUAGAACCAAGUCAGGCUGAUCUUCAAGAGCAAAAGGAAAUUCAAAAGAAAACUUUUAAAAGAUGGCUUAACUCUCACCUAAAAAAUCUUAAUUUAUGUAUUAAGGACAACGAUCUUUGUAGUGGCAAAAACCUUACAAAAUUCCUUAAAGCUCUUGCAAAAGACGAAAAUAAAUCAAACCACUGCCUAAAGAACAUUGACAAAGCUGUACAAUAUCUAGAAAAUCAAGGAAUAAAUUUAGAAAUAAAAGAGAACAGCACCAAAGUACCUUUGAUGCUUAUUUGGACUACAAUUCUACACUUUCAGAUUCAGAAUAUCACAAUUAAAGAUCCUAUUAAUCAAGAAACAAAAUAUGCGAAAAAAGGUUUGCUGCUUUGGUGUCAAAUACAGACUGCCAACUAUCGUAAUGUUAAAAUUGAAAAUUUUACCACAUCUUGGACCGAUGGUUUGGCUUUUAAUGCACUCAUUCAUAAGCAUAGGCCGGACCUAAUUGAAUUCGAUCAUUUAACUAAGAAUAAUCCAAUGUAUAAUCUUAUUAAUGCAUUUAACAUAGCUGAAAAGAAGCUGGAACUUCCAAAACUCCUAGAUGCAGAGGAUAUGGCUCUUCUUGACGAGAUAUCAAUUAUGACGUACGUGGUUACAUACUACGAUUAUUUUAAUAAAAAAAUCAACCAUUUUGUUGCAAGCUUUAUGGAGAUUGAAGGAAUGAUAGAAGAGUUUGAAGGACGAGCACUCACCCUACAUGAUUGGAUUGGAAUAAAUAUAUCUAAAUUUAAUAACACUAAGUUUUCAAGUAGCAUAACUGAAAUGAAGCAGCUAUUGGGACAGUUAAGGAGCUGGCAAAUAGAAGAAAAACUAUCAAAAAUGCAUGAAAAGGAACAUCUGGAAAUUAUGUUUAAUACCUUAAGAGCAAAAAUGAGAGCUUAUAAUCAGCUACAUUAUACCUCAAAGUUAAUAAGUGGUAUUAACAAAGCUUGGGUGGACUUAGAGAAAGCUGAACACCAAUGGGACCUUAAAUUAAGAAAGCAGAUACGUGAGCUCAUUUUCUUAAACGAAUUAGCGACUCAGUUCCAUCAAAAGUGUAAUAAGUGCGAAAUAUGGCUAGAAAAGAAAAAAGCUUUAUUAUCCUCAGAGGUUUUGGUACAAGAUUUUGAAUCUGCAACUAAAGCUUCUCAAAAAUAUGAAGCUUUUGAAGAAGAUAUUAAGUCUUAUGGAAACCAAAUAGAUGCAGUUAGAUCUCUUGCUGAUAAGAUUGAUGCUGCAACAUAUUCAGAUAAAAGUGGUAUUAUUAUGAAGAAACAACAUAUAAUAUCGUUAUGGGGUGAAUUAUUAGAGCUUGUUGAGAAUCGUAAGCUUCAAUUAGAUAAAUUAUUAAAAUUUUAUAAAAAUUUUCAGGAACUAGUUUAUUUAUUAGAAGAGAUGGACAAUCUAGAGUCAAAGCUACUAAAAAACGAUUUUGCUGAUGACUUUCGUUCAGUUAAAACCUUAAUUCAGAAACAUAAGUCAUUUUUCGGAAAUUUCAAGGAACUUUUUGUUCAACUUCAACUCUGUAGUACUAAUCAAAAUAUUGACGAGUUUCAUGAAAAAUAUAAUUUAUAUCUUGCCUUGGAAGAGAGCUACGAUCAACUAAUGCAACUGCAUCAAUUUCUCUGGAAUAUUAUUGAGGAAGAAUACUGGAUUAAAGAUAAAAUGGAAGUUAUCAGUAAUUUUAAAGUUAAGUGUGGUUUAGUUAAGUUUCAUUCAACUCAGCAUAAAAUGCUAGAAAAUGAUCUUUCUGCUCAUGAAACCUAUUUAAUGAAUAUUUUACGAGUUGGAGAUGAAUUGACCAAACAACCCCUUUUUAAUCAAAAAAAUUUACAAAAUAAAUGCAAUAAAAUUAGAAAUAUGUGGAAAGAGUUACUAGAGCAAGCAUCACUUUAUAAAUAUGACCUAGAAAUUAUAAAAAAUUACCAUCAACUGUUCACUUUUGCUGAUGGUAUUGAUGCUUGGAUAAAAAACACUUUAAAUCUUGUUACAAAUAAAGAUUAUGGAAUUGAUGUAGAAACCACUGAAGCUUUGUUGAAAAAACACGAAGCAAUAACAGUUGAAAUAAAAAAUUACAAAGGCGUAAUUGAUGCCCUACAUAAGCAAGCAGAUGCUUUUGACCCAAAACCAGAUAUUUUGCAAAGGCUUGUUCUAAUUGAUAAUGAUUAUAUGAAUAUAUUGGAACAUUCUAUGCUUCGCCAAAAUAAGUUGUUAGAGACAUUAUUGCUACACGAGUUUUUAUCAAAAAGUUCUGAUAUUGAGGAAUGGCUCGGUAUAUUUAGGCGCUAUUUAGAUUUAAUAUCAAUUUCAUCUAAGAAUAUUGACGAUCUUGAAAUGUUGAAGUUUUUCCACGAAAGAUUUGAAAAAAAUCUUUAUUUAAACGUAACUGAAAUCGCGAAUUUUAGCCAACUGGGUGAAAAAUUGGAACAGUUUAAUUGUACAAAAUUCAUUACAAAGAAAAAUACAAUUUUAAAAGACUGGGAGGAAUUAACAAAUAAGUCAAGAGCCAAAUGCGAGGAAAUCCAAUUAGCAAUAGAAGAAGAAAAUCUCAACAUCGAAUGUCGUGAAACUCUUAUUUGGAUUGAGAAUAAGAUCCGAAUUUUGGAAACUCAGAAAACUUCUGGCUGGCAAGUAAACCAAAAAGAACUUUUUGACAUGCAGGAAAAAUUAAAUUCGCUAGAAAAGGAAAUCAGUGCUAUGGGAAAAGAUUAUGUAAAAGAGCAAACUGUUCAGCUUCAAAUUGUUUUGCAACGACUUCAACAAUUUGCAGAAGAAAGUGAAAGAUUUCAAACUUUUUCAAAUGCACUGGGUCGAUUUCAGUCAUGGGUGGUAACUGCACGCGUAAGUAUUAUACCCUUGGGAAAGAUUUCAAACUCCUUAAUUGAAACAAAAGAAAAUUUACAUCAGCAUAACCUUAUUAAGGAAAAACUCGAAAGCCGCACCUAUGAUUACUUAAAAAUAGUGACAUAUGUAAAGCAAUUACCAGAUGAGCCCCAAUAUAAUUUUUUAAGACAACAAAUUGAGGAACUUAAAAAGGAUUGGGAUGAUUUACCUUUAAUGUGGAAUAAGCAGCAAGAAUAUUUAUUAAAAACCUAUAAUCUGCAAAUUCUUGAGCAAGAUAUUCGACAAGCAGAAUUUUCUUUGGAAAAAGAGGAACAGUACCUAAGUAACAUUAAAUUGCCAAGAAAUAUAACCGAGGCUGAAGAAUUGCUUGAAUAUCAUGAGAAGUACUUGGUAAUUAUGGAAGCAUAUACAAAUAAAGUAAAUGAAGUGUUAGAUCAUUCCAAAAAAUUAUGUGUAGCAAAAUAUUUAGAUUCAGGUCACAUUAAGAUGCGUGCCUUGAAUAUAAAUGAAAGGAAACUUAAAAAUAUGAAAAAUGCUUUGGAGUGGCAUGAAAAAUUAAAUACUCAGGUAAAACUUUAUCAAUUUUUAGAAAACUGUAAUGACUUAUUAAAAAUGAGUGUUACAACUAAAAAACAAGCCGAAAUUCAAAUUUGUAUUAAAACCAUUGAAAUUCUUAUGCAUGAUGGUACAGAACUAAUAAAAAAGAUUCCAGAUUCUCAGGAGCUAUUAUUAAAAAUCAAAGAAUUAUCAGACUUAAGAGACAGUAUGGCACAAGUCCGUCAAAAUCGGCCUAAGACCUAUUUAACAGGAACAGAAACUUUAAAAAAAUCACUAAAACUACGUCAAAGUAUUUUUCAAAAAAAGAAGAAGUCACUACAUUUUUGUAAUGAAGUCGAAGUGGAGUUUCUAUGGAUGUCAGAAAAAAUGCUCUUCGCAAAAUCGCUCGAGUUUGGAAACGAUUUGUUACAAAUUAACGCACUACAACGAAAAAAUAAAUGGCUACAAUCUAAAGUGAAACAUCGUAAAACCCGUAUAAAUACAAUAUGCGAAAAUGGACAAAAACUAAUUGAUACAGGGUGUGAAGACUCAGAUGAGUUUCGUAGAUUUAUUAAUGAACUUUGUCAGAUGUGGCAGAAAUUGAAUGAGUCAGUGGAAAAAAGAAGCAUUGAUUUAUUGAAGCAUGAGCGGGCCCAGCAUUAUUUGCUUGAUGCUUGUGAAGCUGAAAGGUGGAUUAGUGAGCAGGAAUUGUACGUGAUGGAAAAUAAUAUAGAUGAUUUCACCCAAUCUUACUUUUUCUUAUUGGCAGGUCAAGAUCAAACUGUCAUUUACAGUCAAAUAAGGUACCUUGAAAACAUUGAUUCUUAUGCUGAGAUAAUCCUAUCUCUUCACGAAAAUUCUCAAUCACUAAAUCUCGAAGAAUGUCCAUCAUUAGCCAAGAAAGUGGCUACUAAACAGUCCAAACUAGAACAAAUAUAUGCUGGUCUAAAAGAAUUAGCUCAAAAACGUAAAAUAAAAUUAGAAGAAGCUUCUCAAUUACUUUCGUUAAACACUGAUAUUACAAAUUUAAACCGAUGGAUUGAUAGUAAGGAAAUGAUUGCUUCCAGUGAUGAAUUAGGCGAGAAUUAUGAACACGUAAUAAUUUUGUGCCAAAAAAUGAAGGAUUUUACUUACGAAACAACUAAGUUUGGCAAUAAACAAAUUAAAAAAAAAAUUAAUAAUAUAGCAGACCAAUUUAUUUUAAAUGAUCACUCAGAUUCAGCUAUAAUAGCUGAGUGGAAAGAUCAGCUUAAUGAAGUUUGGCAAGAACUAUUAGAAUCUAUUAAAAUAAGGGUCGAAAUAUUGGAAGCGUCAAAACAGCUUCACAAGUUUGGUUUUAAUUGGACAAAUGUUUUAAGUGAAAUUCUAAAAAAACAAGAAGCUAUGGAAGAUGGUUAUGGAAAUAAUAUAAAAUCCACAGAUUCCUAUUUAAAAUCGCAUGAACGUUUUCUUCGAGAAAUUCAAAUAUUUUCAAGUCAAGUAGUUCGAAUUUUGAAAGACAGCGCCGAACUGCAGGUUUAUUAUGCGGGUGAUAGGGCCGAGAAGAUUAUAAGUAGGGAAAAAGAAGUUAUCACAGCCUGGACUAACCUACAGCAAACAAGCGAACAACGCAAAAAUAAACUUGUUGAUACUAAAAACCUUUUUACCUUUAUUAGUCUAGUAAAAUCUAAUAAAAUAAAAUGGAUGAAAUUUAUAACUAAAAAAAUGAAUAGUACUGUAAACCCAUGUAAUGUUGCUACUGCUAAAUUAUUGAUAAAAAAACAUCAAUUAUUAAAAGCAAAAAUUGACGCUACCAAGGAUGAUUUUAAGGCCUGUGAAAUUUUCGGAAAGGAGCUAUUAAGCAAAAAUAAUUUUGCUAGUGCUAAAAUUGAGGAACAGUUACUGAUGUUAAAUAAGCGAAGAGAAGCUCUGAAUGAACGAUGGACGAAAAGAUGGGAUAAUCUUCAAUUAAUCCUUGAAGUAAGCGAAUUUGCACAAGAUGCUUUUUUAGCCGAACGAUGGCUUAUUACAUUUGAAACAUAUCUUCAAAGCAACAAUGUAGGGCGCACCACUAAAGAGACCGAAAAUCUACUUAAGAAGCAUAUGAUAUUUGAAAAAUUAGUUGCUUUACAGGAAAACAGAUUUAAGGCAUUACAAUGUUUGACGACAUUUGAAAUUAAAUGUGACAAAGCAGAAAUAGUCAAUCAGAAACAACUGGAUGAAAAACAACUCAAUGCUGUUGAAAUUGUUAAGUCUCAAAGCAAUGAUUUGAAGGAAUUGGAGUCAAGCAACAACGAUAAUUGUUUUGAAGGAAAGAUACUUAGGAAACAUAAGUGCAAAAAACACCGGUCUAAAAGUUGGUUGAAAAAUAAAUGGCAUAAGGCAUAUGCAGUACUUAAGAAUAAACAAAUUCACUUCUAUAAACAUGCAAAACAUGCAAAGUUAACUUCUGACCGAACGUUCCAAAAAGAGCUUCCUCUAGAUCUGAAAGCAGCUCAUGCAUCUGUAGUUUCCGAUUUAAAGCAAGGAAAACUCGUUUUUAAAUUAGAAUUGGAAAAUGGCUGCAACUAUCUAUUUCAAGUAUUUAAUGACACAGAAUUACAUGAGUGGAUUGAACAUAUAAAUAAUUGUAAUUGACGCGUCAACACACCGUCAUUAAAUAUUUCUAGGAAAAUUUAUUGUAUAUUUGUAAUUAUAAUGCAUGAUUAGAAUAGUGUCCGUCAAAGUUUACUAGGAGGUACUAGGGACUUAAAUAAAACCUCUAGAUCAAGAAAUGGCCGACGUUUUAUUUAUGGUUUUUAUUAGGGUUAAAUAAAGAGCGCUUUUAAACAA